CUCGUUAUGGAUGACAAGAAAGCAGACGGAUCCCCUGCGCCGCUCCAUGUUGAGGCCUACGAUGGUAGCGCCGACAUUGAAAAGAGAGGUGAUGAUCAAUGGCAUACAAACACCAAAGAAGCCCAGGCGGCCAAUGCGGCCGAACACUCUUUGACCGUGCGUCAGGCCUUACGCGCAUAUCCCUGGGCAGUCGCCUGGUCGCUCACGAUCUCCAUGUCGAUUAUCAUGGAGGGCUACGAUACCAAUCUGGUGGGUAAUUUCUACGCCUAUCCGGAGUUCAAGAAACAGUUUGGGAAUGAAUAUGCGCAUGGAUAUGAGGUUCCUGGCGAAUGGCAGUCGGCCUUAGGGGCUGGCGGGAAUGCAGGGUGUAUUAUUGGGGCGUUUCUGAAUGGAUACCUGAUAAAACAUUACGGCUUUAAGAAAGUGUUCCUUGGUGGUUUAUUCUGUAUGUGCAGUUUUAUUUUCGUCUCGUUCUUUGGAAAGUCCGUCGGGGCUCAGGUUGCUGGACAGGUUCUCUGUGGGAUACCUUGGGGAAUGUUCGCCACUAUCGGUCCUGCAUACUCAUCAGAGCUCCUCCCCAUGGCUCUGCGCUCCUAUCUAACAGCCUACACAAACAUGUGCUUCGCAAUCGGCCAAUUCCUCAGCAUGGGCGUGCUCCAAAGCCUCCUCAACCGCCCAGACGAAUGGUCCUACCGCAUCCCUUUUGCCGUCCAAUGGAUCUGGCCCGCCCCGUUAUUCUUCAUUGCAAUCUUCAUGCCCGAGUCCCCCUGGUGGCAGGUCCGACACGGACAAUACGACGCCGCGCACAAAACUGUUCAGGGGCUCAUGGCCAAGACCGAACGGCAUAACGCCCGCCAGAUUGUGGCUAUGAUGAUCCACACCGAUAACAUCGAGUCCGAACUUGAAGCCGGCUCGUCGUAUAUGGACUGCCUUAAAGGGUCGAAUCUGCGGCGCACGGAAAUCGCCUGCGUCACUUUCGCAGGCCAGGUUCUUGCCGGUAGCCAGUUCGCCUACUCGGGGACGUAUUUCUUUGAACAGGCCGGGAUGAGCCCGGAUGAUGCGUAUAAGCUUGCGCUUGGUGGUACGGCGAUUGCCUUUAUCGGAACGGUUCUCUCGUGGUUCCUUAUGAAGGCCUUCGGUCGACGGUCUAUGUACCUGGGUGGUAUGGCCAUGAUGUGCGCGUACCUCUUCAUCAUCGGCAUUCUGGACCUGGUACGAAACAUCGACGGGGUGAAGUGGGCGCAGUCAUCGCUGUGUAUUAUCUGGCUAUUUACAUUUUCGCUUACCAUUGGCCCAUUGGGGUGGUCGAUUGCGCCUGAGGUGUCGUCGACGAGGCUGCGUUCGAAAACGAUUGUUCUUGCGCGGAAUACGUACUAUAUUGCGAUUGUGGUGGCAAAUGUUAUUGAGCCGUAUUUUAUGAAUCCCACGGCCUGGAACUGGAGAGGGAAGACGGGGUUCUUCUGGUUUGGGACGGGAUUUCUGACUCUUGUUUGGGGGUUCUUUAGACUUACAGAGACGAAGGGGAGGACAUUUGAGGAGUUGGAUAUCAUGUUUGCUGCGAAGAUUCCGACGAGGAAGUUUAAACGGUAUCAUGUUGAUGCUUAUGCGGAGAAUUUGGAUAUAAAGGACCGGGCGAGGGAGACUACCGCAGAUUAGCUGUACGUUAAUUCAUUCAAUGUGCUAUUGGUUGUUUAAGUCAUAAAUUAUUAACACGGUUAUUCUAAUACUAACCCAGCCUCAUCUCACCACGUACGAAUUUCGACUGGCCGUCUCGAAUAUGCAGCUGUCCUCCCUGUCAGCAAGAGACUGCCAAUGAACGCUGGGCCUAAUGUUUAAAUGCUCCCAGAUAUACGCGGUAUUUUUGGCGGCCCUAAGCAUAUCCCACCCAAGUACACCUUCCACCAAGCUCUCCCGGCUCAGAUUCAGGACAAAUUCCGCUGCAAACCGAUGACUAUCCUG